CCUCUCCCUUCCGUCCUCGCUCCCAUCCAGAUCGUCUUUACGAUCACGACACCCCAAGCACCAGCGGCAAAGGCCGUCGCCGCCGCAAGCCAAAAGGAGUGUGCUCCUCCUCGAGCACUCUAUCCCCCACAUCACAACUAGGAGUGGAAACCAUCCCCAUUUCCAAUUCCGGGCCAUCUCGUUCCUCCCGGAGCGAAUGAAGAGGCAGAUCAAGAGGCCGACACGCAGCAAAGAAUCGCCUGAACCAGGGGAGAAGGUGGCGUUCGCUGAGGAGAAGGAGAACAUGCUGGAGCCGUACAUGGAGCACGACGAGGCCGAGGCGGAGGAGGCGGAGUACGACGACGAGGCGGGGGCGCUGUCGUCGUGCGGGCUGGGCGGGAAGAAGCGGCGGCUGGCGCUGGAGCAGGUGCGCGCGCUGGAGCGCAGCUUCGAGACGGACAACAAGCUGGACCCGGAGCGCAAGGCCCGCAUCGCGCGCGACCUCGCCCUGCACCCGCGCCAGGUCGCCGUCUGGUUCCAGAACCGCCGCGCCCGCUGGAAGACCAAGCAGCUGGAGCGCGACUUCAACGCGCUCCGCGCCCGCCACGACGCGCUCCGCUCCGACUGCGACGCGCUGCGCCGCGACAAGGACGCGCUCGCCGCCGAGAUACAGGAGCUGCGGGAGAGGCUGUCCGUCCCGGACAGGGCGGCGGUGAAGGCGGAGGUCGCCGGCAAUGCGGACGCCGGGGAGGAGGACCGCCUGCAGCAGCAGGCGGCGGCGGUGAUGGGAGGCGGGGCGGUCUUCAAGGACGGCUCCUCCGACAGCGACUCGAGCGCCGUGUUGAACGACGAGGCGUCGCCCUACUCCAGCAACGCCGUCUUCGACCACCCGGGCUUCAUGGGGUUCGGCGCGUCCUUCCUGGACUCGGCGGCGGCCGCCACCACGGGCUGCUCGUCUCUGCUGCCCAUGCUGGACACAAAAUGGCACGGCGCGUACUCGUACGACGCGGGCAAGUCCGGCGGCUACGGCCUCACGGAGGAGUGGCUCGCUGGCCCAGACGCGAUCGCCGGCGACGGCGGCGCCGGGUUCUUCUCCGAGGAGCACGUCUCCAACCUCAACUUCGGCUGGUGCGGCAGUGGCGCCGAGGGUUUUGAUCUCCACGGUUACUGUAAAAAGUAAAAAAGAUACAGUACUAUCGCUAUCCAUGCAGCGACAGACAGGCCGUACUGUUACCUUUUUACCGACUGGCUAGCUUAGCUUAGCUAGCGGACAAGAAGCGCAAGGAGAGAUCAGCAAGGUGGAAUUUGACAAGGUGAACGCAACCAUUGAGGAUGGAAGUAAAUGUUAGUAUAACUACAAAAAUAACCGUCUCUAGAGGUUAA